AUGGCAGUCCUCAACACCACCGUCUCGUUCAACUUCAGCCUGCCACCCAACUAUGGCAAGCGGCCAAGUGACUGGGCACUCAAGGCAGUCCUCAUCUUUGGGCUGUUCUUCACCAUACUCUUGCUGGGCUGCACCAUGGAAUUCGGCAAGAUCAAAGCUCACUUGUGGAAGCCCAAAGGACUGGCCAUCGCCCUGGUGGCGUAAUACGGCAUCAUGCCCCUCACAGCCUUUGCGCUGGGCAAGGUUUUCCGGCUGAGCAACAUCGAGGCGCUGGCCAUUCUGGUGUGCGGCUGCUCCCCGGGGGGCAACCUGUCCAGCAUCUUCAGCCUGGCUGUGAAGGGGGACAUGAACCUCAGCAUUGUGAUGACCACCUGCUCUACCUUCUCUGCCCUGGGCAUGAUGCCACUCCGCCUGUACAUCUACUCCAGGGGGAUCUACGAGGGGGAUCUGAAGGACAAGGUGCCCUAUGGAAGCAUCAUCAUAUCGCUGGUUCUGGUCCUCAAUCCUUGCACUACAGGGAUCAUCCUCAAAUCCAAGUGGCCACACUGCAUCUGCAGUGUCAUCAAGGGAGGGUUGGUCAUCAUUUUGUGUAUUGUGGCCUACAUAGUCCUGACUGUCAUCAAUAUGGGCAAGAGCAUCAUGUUUGCCAUGACACCACACUUGCUGGUCACCUCCUCCCUGAUGCCUUUCAUCGGCUUCCUGCUGGGCUAUGCUCUCUCUACCCUCUUCUGCCUCGAUGCACGGUGUAGCCGCACUGUCGGCAUAGAGAUCGGAUUCCAAAACGUUCAACUUUGCUUCACCAUCCUCAAUGUGGCCUUCGCUCCUGAAGUCAUUGGGCCACUUUUCUUCUUUCCUCAAUUCUACAUGAUGUUUCAGCUGGGAGAAGGGUUUCUCCUUGUCACCAUCUUUUGGUGCUAUGAGAAAAUCAUGGCUUCCCAGGAUAAAACAAAAAUGAUCUACACAGCUGCCCUAACUGAAGACACAACUGCAGCAGCCCUGGGCAAUCACACACACAAGGAGUGCUCCCCCACCACAGACUAG